AUGGCGACGAGCUUUCUACCAGUGCUCUCCCCCAGCGAUGUACAGCGUGCGGCUGAGCUCAUCCAACAAGCGUAUGCACCGCACAAUCAUCUUGCGUCUGGAGAUCAGCGGCGUCUUCAGCAAGAACUCUUCGACAUCCAAAAACGCCCGGAAGCAUGGGGUCUCGUCCUGCCUUUUCUGAACCACGACGACCCGAACGUCCAGUUCUUCGGAGCGCACACUGCGCAGGUGAAGAUUGCGCGAGACUGGGCGUCGUUUCCGCAAGAACACGUCCUACCGCUACGCGAUAUGCUACUCGACUUGACUGGCAGGUCUAUUGCCGCUGGACGGAAUAAGGUCAUCCUGCGUAAACUGUUCGUCGCAGUCACCUCUCUAGCACUGAAGAUCUGUCCCGCAAACCCACCACAAUGGCCGGACUGGCUCACGCUGUCCAUAAAUGCGCUAUCCAGCUUGGGCGCAUCUAGCGAACACCUGCUUGACUUCCUCGCGAUCGUCGCGGAGGAGGUGGAGAGCGCUAAUCUACUUCCGCCUAGUAAAUCUCAAAUGCAGCGGACACUACUUGAAGUCGUACCCAUGGUUGUGGGUGCGCUAACAACGUGCAUUGCCACCCCGCAAGCACGGAGCACGCCGCAUCAGCUCGCAUCAGCCCUCAAAUGCCUCCAAGCGUGGCUAUCCUUGCUACCCGCUAACGACUUGACACCACUCAUACCGCCACUCAUUGCACUCCUGGAUCCAAUGCCUGGCACAGAACCACUAGAAUUCGACGAAACGUCGUUUGUACUCUCAUCGGACACGCUGCAAGAGGUCAUGUCCAAGUCUGCCCUCUCGGAUGGAUCAGGCAGCAAGACGCUGACGGAGCCGCUCCUGCUGUGGUUCUAUCGAAACGGGAAUAGGAUCGUCGGCGAUACCCUCAACACUGGCUUUGUCGACGGCGUAUCGCAUUCAUUUUGUAAGCUCCUGGUAGCUGUAGGCGAUCACUCUACGCUAUACUUGGCAGCGCACAUCGCAUCGCCUGCCCCGCCAUCUCCGGUUCCCCCGAUUCCCUCUCCCAUCUCGUUCCCGGCUCCUUCCAUUCCCACCAAGUCUGACAUCGUACAGACCUUCCUGCGGCUCCUGCUCGCGUACACUGCGCUUCCCGGGUACUACGCCGCCGAUGAGGAGGAAAGCGAGCUGACCCUCGGGUUCUGGUAUCUCUUCCAAGAGGCACUGUGGGCCGCCGAGUACGAGCAGGACUUUGACUACACAGGUGAAGAGGUCCCCGACGGUCGGGGUCAGACUGAGCCACCACAAUGGCCCAUCGCCAAGGCGGUUUACUCGGAGCUUGUGCAGGUCCUACGGCGAAAAGUAGAGUGGCCAGACGCUCUGACGUUGCGCACGUGGCCGAGAGAUAGACGAGACAAGUUCCAAGCAUACCGGCGUGAUGUCGGGGACACCUUGAUCAAUGCAUACUAUAUCCUUCGUGAUGACUUGGUGGGCUACUAUGUUAAUGACCUUCUCGGGCGCCUCGCAUCCCGUCAGGAUCAACAAAAGUGGCAGGAAGUAGAAGCAACUCUGCAUUGUGUUAUGGCCAUUCAGGAGGCCGUUCCCAUAGAAGACAACCCACACCUGGUCAGACUAUUUGGACCCGAGGUAUAUGGUCGCCUUCCAGUUACUGGGAAUGAACGUGUGCGAAGGACUGCACUCAUACUUGCUGGCUCGUAUUCAUCAUGGUUCACGACACAAACUAGCACCACAGGGACGACUCUCCUCAUGAACACUAUUUCAUAUGUUGUCGCUGCACUUUCGGAACCCUCAUUAUGUCUGCCAGCGGCAAAUGCGCUUCGCGAACUAUGCGAUGCCAAUCGGACUGUUCUCGCGCCGCACAUUGGUGCUUUCUCCCAGCUACACGCGGGUCUUACGGGCAUUCCUGAUACUGAGAAGGCCAAAGUUCUACAGUCCAUUGCGAGCAUCAUCCAAGCCUUACCUCCAAUGGAGGCUAUCCCUCCUGUUGAGGCUUUAGUCAGUCCUGUGGUAGCAAGGCUAUUUGAAGCUCUCCAUCUAUCGACGCGGCUUCCGGAUGAGGCGCGUCUGAUGGCUGUGCAGCAACUAGAGACUAUCUCAGGAGUCGCACGCGGCCUCACUCGGACAAGCGAUUCUCUGCUGGUAUUGGACGAAUCACCAGAGGUCCAAAUGUUAGCCCAACAAAUGCAGCAAGCGAGAGCCGAUCCUCGCACCGUCAACCUGCGACAAGGCCUUCUUGACGCGAUCCGAAAGGUGGUGGACAUUUGGUGUGCAGAUGCUAGCAUCAGCGAUGCCAUGAGCGAUCUGGUAAAGGCAAUCACGUCCCUACCCUCAGACAUCACGAUCAUGUCCCUUCCUCCAGCUCCUCUCCUCGAAGUCAUCUGCGUGGCUUCGCAGCGUCACGUGACAGCUGUCUGGAUGAGUUUGGCUAGUAUGCUUGUGGUUCAACUCGACCCUCCAGCUCUGCUUCCUACAACCUUCAAGCCGAUUCCAAGCGAUGAAGGACGUGGCGUUGUGCUCAAUGCCCUUGUGGUCCUUUUAGGGUCAACAUUGACAAGUCUGGAUAAACCGGGAGCGAUGGACGAUAACCCUGACAUUGUCCAGUCCUUCUUCAACUGCAUGGACACGGUCGCGCAACACUUUGUCUCGACGUUCUAUAGUCUACCUCCGGAACUGUUCAACGCUCUAAUGUCUUGUGCGGUCACCUCACUCAAUCUGCAAGAACGAUAUUCACUCGUUGCGGCUUGUAAUUUCGUGAUCACACUCAUAAGCCGCACACACGCAACGGGUGAACUUAGCGAUGCAAAGGAAAUGCUGGCUAGAAUGCAUGGACGCUCCAUCAUGAAAGCAGUCCUUAGUGGCUUUGCCGGAAGUGCACCUCGCUCAGCUUCACAGAAUCUCAUAGAGCUACUUUCUACAUUAUUAAACCGAUACCCUGCCGAGAGUCGGAUAUGGAUGUCUGAUGUUCUUUAUGCAGGCGAUUUCGUUGAAUCGCACGCCAGCAGUGAAGCUAAGGAGAAAUUUGUCAAGGCAGUGUCCGGCACUCGGACAAUGAAACGCAUACGAGAGGCUGCGCAACAGUUCACACUCGUUGCAAGGGGCCUAGAAGGUUCAAGCUUUGGAUAUGCAACCAUUACAAUGUGAGAGCGACGAUGAGAGAAGGGAACCGGUAUCCACUAUUGCCGCUAUCACGAAGGACUGACCACGACGGGACCUGUACAUUAUCAUAAGAGUGGUAUCUCCACAAACUUCUCUUGAA